UCAUCAUCAUCAUCGAUAAUAUCAUCAUCUCGUUCGUAGAUUAAAAUCAAAAUCAUAAUAAUAAAUAACAAAUUAGCGAUGGAAACGGAGCGAGUAACGGAGUUCCCGAUGGCUGCGGUAAACCUCCGCCCACGGAAACGACAGCGUUUAGGUUGGGAUGUUGGUCCUUUAACCCCUCCUAAUAAGGAUCAGGUAGGGUUUUUUUGUGGACAAGAUGUUGGGAAAGGUACCAGCUUUGCACCUUCAUGGGCGCUUUCGGAUUCUAUUACUUCAUCCCUUGUCAAAUGUGGUGAUCGAAAUAAUUCUCCACCCUGGCGUAAAGACGAUAAAGAUGGUCAUUAUGUUUUUGAAGUUGGAGAUAAUCUAACCUCUCGCUAUAAGAUUCAUGGAAAGAUGGGAGAAGGUACAUUCGGGCAAGUUCUGGAAUGCUGGGAUAAGGAAAGGGAGGAAAUGGUUGCCAUUAAAAUCGUUCGCGGGGUACAGAAGUAUCGUGAGGCUGCUAUGAUAGAGAUUGAUAUGCUUCAACAACUUGGUAAACAUGAUAGAGGUGGCAAUCGUUGUGUGCAAUUAAGGAACUGGUUUGACUAUCGUAACCAUAUAUGUAUCGUUUUUGAGAAGCUUGGACCAAGCUUAUAUGAUUUUCUACGCAAAAACAAUUAUCGCUCAUUUCCCAUUGACAUGGUCCGCGAAAUUGGCAGACAACUCUUGGAGUGUAUAGCAUUUAUGCAUGAUUUGCGCCUAAUACAUACCGACUUGAAGCCUGAAAAUAUCCUUUUAGUGUCCCCUGAUUAUGUCAAAGUUCUGGAUUACAAGGGUUCAUCAAGGUCUCCAAAAGACAGUUCUUACUCGAAAAGAGUUCCAAAGUCUAGUGCUAUAAAGGUGAUUGAUUUUGGUAGCACAACACAUGACCGUCAUGGACAGAGCUACAUAGUGUCGACUCGUCAUUAUCGUGCUCCUGAAGUCAUGUUAGGACUUGGAUGGAGUUAUCCAUGCGAUAUAUGGAGUGUAGGUUGCAUCCUGGUGGAACUUUGUUCGGGUGAAGCUUUGUUCCAAACACACGAGGAUUUGGAACAUCUUGCGAUGAUGGAAAGGGUACUUGGUGCAUUGCCACAUCACAUGUUGAAGAAAGCAGACCGACAUGCAGACAAGUUUGUAAGGAAGGGUAGGCUGGACUGGCCGCAGGGUGCUACCUCAAGAGGGAGUAUAGAAGCUGUUUCGAAGCUACCUCGCCUUCAGAACUUGGUAAUGGAACAUGUAGAUCAUUCAGCAGGUGACCUCAUUCAUCUGUUGCAAGGGCUUCUUAAGUACGAUCCUUUGGACAGGUUAACUGCACAUGAGAGUCUAAAACACCCAUUCUUUACCAGGGAUAGUUAUCGGCGGUGUUAACCGAUGCUUGACAUGAUUGAAGCAAGGCCGUAUGGACAUAAUCAAGUAGUAUGAAGAUUGUGAAGACCGUCUUGCCGGCACACUUAACAAUACCAUUCAGACCUCCAAUGUUAACCCCAACCGACGUUGGGGGACACUUUGUAUAGAGUAGAUUUAAGUAAAAGUUUCCGUGGCUUUUACUAGUUCAAAUAUGUUGUUGUUUCAUAGUCAUUUUUUUGAUCGGCUAUCUCCAUAGUGUUCCACAUUGUUGUUUACCUUUAAUUGUAUCACCACAUUUUGUUUUGGAAUAAAGGAGUAGCAUUAUGAUAAAAAGAACAAGUCUGCUUUUAGCUUCAUUAA